AUGUAUCCUUUAUCUGACGCAAAAUUAGAAAAGGUAUCAAACAAUGAAAUAAUAAGAAGGAUAUUGGAAUUACAAAAUGCAAUUGCCAUUAUUUCAGAUAACAUGGAAGUAGUGAAAUAUAGAAAUAAACUAUUAGAUGAAGAAAAUGCAAAUUUACAAAAUCAUAUUAAAAGCAUUGUUAAUGAAGUUAAAAUAGAAUAUUCUCAAAAUAUAAAUAAGAUAAAACAAACCCCAUCAAAAGAUUCACCUAACCACCUUACAGAAAACAAAUAUACUAAAUCACCUGAGCAUACUACUAGUCCUCAUAAUAAUGACAUUAAUUAUGUGCAUAACAUUCAAUCUCAGAAUAAUGAUGAAAACACAUUAAUUCAUAAUAACAAUAUGAAUGGGCAAAGCAAUCAAAAUAGAGAUGAUCAAAAUAGAGAUAAUCAAAAUAGAGAUGAUCAAAAAAGAGGCGAUCAAAAUAGAGGCGAUCAAAAUAGAGGCGAUCAAAAUAGAGGUGAUCAAAAUAAUAUAAUUGAUAAAAACCUCUCUGAACAUGCAUUUAAUAAACUAAUGCCUCAAGAAUAUACUAAUGAUAAUAAAAAGCCACAUUACGAAAAUAAUCUUGAAAAUCUGAAUAUAAAAAAUAGUCCACCUCCCCCAGAAAUUAAUUUAAAGGAUACAAAUUAUAUUUAUAAUGGAAACUAUAACCAUAGCGAUAAAAGAGAUUGUGAGAAUCUUCAGAAUUUUAAUAAGCAUUCAUCAAAAAAAAAUAUUUACAAUCUUAUAAUGGAAACCGAAAAAAUAAACUCUAUUUUCAGCAUGGCAUCGAAUGUCCUUAAUAAGUCUUUUUUUAAUGUACCCAAGGAUUAUGAUGCACCUAAAGUUAAAUAUCCAAAUAUCACGAAUAAAAAUCAUAUUAAGCAAUACAAUAUAUCCUCUCCAAACCCUCAUAAACCCGCCGAUGAUUUAGUAAACAAAACAACAUCUAUAGAUAAUAAAACGUAUGAUCAUUUAUCUGAACAAAAUAAUACUAUUGAAUCUUAUGACCAAGCAGAUAAAGAGGCCAUUGAUAGAAUGGAAAAAUCCAUUUUAAAUGUGAAUCUGCCACCACAUGUGGAAAUUUUAAGUGCAAAUGAGGAGAAGAAUAAUAAAAAUGACACAAAUGAUGAGGAGAAGAAUGAUAAAAAUGACACAAAUGAUGAGGAGAAGAAUGAUAAAAAUGACACAAAUAAUGAGGAAGGGAAUGAUAAAAAUGACACAAAUGAUGAGGAAGGGAAUGAUAAAAAUGAUACAAAUGAGGCGACCCUAAAUAAUAAACAAAAUAUUUAA